AUGAAAUCGGAAAAGUUAAAGCCUCCGGAGCCUGAUGAUCCCAUGUGUUGCUGUGAGUGUGACAUCUACCAGUACGGAUGUUGCUGUGACUGUGAAGAUGUGGAUGAAGCCUUUAACAGGUGGCUGAAAGACAAACCCCCUAAGAGCGGAUGUCCAUCUCCUGUUCUUGGGGCCAUGAUUGACAACCUGGAGAUCUCCAUGAUCCCGGCCCUGGUGCUGCUACCUCUCCUGCUCAGAGUUGCAGCGCUGCACUACCUGCUGGGCAUCAUCAUCCUGACAGCCCUGCCCGGCCUGUUCCUCUGGUACUACUACGCCACGCACCGAAAGAAGAGACGCACCCUCUUCUUCCUCACUAUGGCGCUCUACUCUCUGGCCUAUAUGUAUUACCUCUUCAUCACAGAGAUUUUACCGCUUGGGGACGUCAGCCAGCUGCAGGUGUGCACUGUGACCACCGGGAUGAUUCUCACGAUCGGCGCUCUUAUUCACACCAAGAGGGGCCCAGGAUUUGUGACCGCUUCCCUACUUGAAGCACACAGCCAGAGUCAGGAGGCUAACAGGGACUCUACACACCUUAACGGAUCGAUGCAAUCAGCAGCCUCUUCCUCAACAGGGACUGCAGCAGAGUUGCACACAACAAAAGAGGCCCCGGCAGCAAAAUGGAGCAGGUGUCGUGUGUGCAAAACAGUGCGGCCCCCGCGGGCUGGACACUGUCGAACAUGUGGGUCCUGUGUCCAGCGUCUGGACCACCACUGUAUAUGGAUAAACAGCUGUGUUGGACAUGCAAACCACCGCAGUUUCCUGCUGACCCUCUCUGUGUUCGUGUUGACCUCUCUGUAUGGGAUCAGGUUGGUGCUUGGCAGCCUCUGUCCUCGGCAGUAUGCAAUGACGGCUCUCUUCUACUGCCCCGGCGUCUACAGUCAGUCUAGCACAGCACUUUGCUUCACCUGUGCUUGGUACAGCAGCAUUGUCGCCGUCGGACUGCUUUACCUGUUAGUGGUACAAGUUCUUAAUGUCAGCUUCAACGUGACGGAGCGGGAGGCUCAGCUGGCUCUGAGGAACAAAACGGGCCAGAGCCGCCUGUGGGGACUCGUCAUCGACACGGGAGAGUAUUCACGUGGCUUUUAUCAGAACUGGGUUGAGUUCCUCACCAUGACAGACGCCUUGGUUUCUCCUCCCUCCAGCCUCACUGACUUGGUCUAG